UGUGCCAUGGAUCAUGCUUGGUUCUGGGAAAUUCACUUCUCCCCCAACCUAGACACACAUAGGCAUCCCUGACAUAAAGCUCUUGGCCUAUCAAGAAAAGAUGGCUAGGUAUUUGUGCAGUUGUGUAGUACAUCGUCACAGGUGCUCUGUCAGAAGCUUACAUUGGAAAGAGGAGGCACAAGAGAAGAGAGUGGUCUAGGUUACCUGGAGGCUGGAGAAGCUGUUCUCAAGGCUUCAUGACAGAAGUCAUCCUUGAGCAUAGUUUUAAAAGAUUAUAUUUUAAACCAAGUGAAUAACAUCUGAAAAUCAUAGCUUUCUUAUAGUCACUCUAGGAUAUUAAUAGCCAAUCCUUUUCCUUAAGUGGCUCUUGACCAGCUAAAAUGUACCUCUUCAGGUUCAGAGACACAUUUUAGAACGUUAUAGUUUUCUCAUUAUGUAUUGUAUCUGUUCCAUCUUGAAGUACCUGUAGGAAGAAAUUGAGUGCAGGUUUUGUGUGUGCCUUGAGAGCUGAUCCUAUCAAGGGUGUGUCAGAAACCAACCAGCAGAGUCCCCAAAUCACUCGAGUCCCUGGCGUUCUUUUUUCAAGGCUUUCUUCAUUGUAGCCUGUUCCUGAUGGUAAUUGGUUGAAUCAGAUUUAACAAUGCAGUCAGAUAAACAGUUGUGGCAGCUGCUGCCAUGGCAACGUCACCGUCCUUACCCUCCCAGUGCGCGCCCCUUCCCCACCCCUCCUCCUCCUCCUGCUUUCCUCCAGUAAGUGCAUACUCGCUAGUGGUCUGUACAGGCGGCACGGUUUGAUGGCAGAGAUAUUUUCUUUCCAAACAGUUCAAAAUGAUGAACGAAGAUGCAGCUCAGAAAAGCGACAGUGGAGAGAAGUUCAAUGGCAGUAGUCAGAGGAGAAAAAAACCCAAGAAGGUGACAUGCCCCCAGAUGAAACCAGAGGCUGUCAACAUUGAAAAGUCUGACAGCAAUGCAAGCUUUCUUCGUGCUGCCAGAGCAGGCAACCUGGACAAAGUUGUGGAAUAUCUGAAGGGGGGCAUAGACAUCAAUACCUGCAAUCAGAAUGGACUCAACGCUCUCCAUCUGGCUGCCAAGGAAGGCCAUGUGGGGCUGGUGCAGGAACUGCUGGGAAGAGGGUCCUCUGUGGAUUCUGCCACUAAGAAGGGAAAUACUGCUCUCCACAUUGCAUCUUUGGCUGGACAAGCAGAAGUUGUCAAAGUUCUUGUUAAGGAAGGAGCCAAUAUUAAUGCACAGUCUCAGAAUGGCUUUACUCCUUUAUACAUGGCUGCCCAAGAGAAUCACAUUGAUGUUGUAAAAUAUUUGCUGGAAAAUGGAGCUAAUCAGAGCACGGCUACAGAGGAUGGCUUUACUCCUCUAGCUGUGGCACUCCAGCAAGGACACAACCAGGCAGUGGCCAUCCUCCUGGAGAAUGACACCAAAGGGAAAGUAAGGCUACCAGCUCUGCAUAUUGCUGCUAGGAAAGAUGACACCAAAUCUGCCGCGCUCCUGCUUCAGAAUGACCACAAUGCUGACGUACAAUCCAAGAUGAUGGUGAAUAGGACAACUGAGAGUGGUUUUACCCCUUUGCACAUAGCUGCACACUAUGGAAAUGUCAACGUGGCAACUCUUCUUCUAAACCGGGGAGCUGCUGUGGACUUCACAGCCAGGAAUGGAAUCACUCCUCUGCAUGUGGCUUCCAAAAGGGGAAAUACAAACAUGGUGAAGCUCCUACUGGAUCGAGGUGGUCAGAUCGAUGCCAAAACUAGGGAUGGGCUGACACCACUUCACUGUGCGGCACGAAGUGGGCAUGACCAAGUGGUGGAACUUCUGUUGGAACGGGGUGCUCCCUUGCUGGCAAGGACUAAGAAUGGGUUGUCUCCACUACACAUGGCUGCCCAGGGAGACCACGUGGAAUGUGUGAAGCACCUGUUGCAACACAAGGCACCUGUUGAUGAUGUCACCCUAGACUACCUGACAGCCCUCCACGUUGCUGCACACUGUGGCCACUACCGUGUAACCAAACUCCUUUUGGACAAGAGAGCCAAUCCAAACGCCAGAGCCCUGAAUGGUUUUACUCCACUGCACAUUGCCUGCAAGAAAAACCGCAUCAAAGUCAUGGAACUGCUGGUGAAAUAUGGGGCUUCAAUCCAAGCUAUAACAGAGUCUGGCCUCACACCAAUACAUGUGGCUGCCUUCAUGGGCCACUUGAACAUUGUCCUCCUUCUGCUGCAGAACGGAGCCUCUCCAGAUGUCACUAACAUUCGUGGUGAGACGGCACUACACAUGGCAGCCCGAGCUGGGCAGGUGGAAGUGGUCCGAUGCCUCCUGAGAAAUGGUGCCCUUGUUGAUGCCAGAGCCAGGGAGGAACAGACACCUUUGCAUAUUGCCUCCCGCCUGGGUAAGACAGAAAUUGUCCAGCUGCUUCUGCAACAUAUGGCUCAUCCAGAUGCAGCCACUACAAAUGGGUACACACCACUGCACAUCUCUGCCCGGGAGGGCCAGGUGGACGUGGCAUCAGUCCUGUUGGAAGCAGGAGCAGCCCACUCCUUAGCUACCAAGAAGGGUUUUACUCCCCUGCAUGUAGCAGCCAAGUAUGGAAGCCUGGAUGUGGCAAAACUUCUCUUGCAACGCCGUGCUGCCGCAGAUUCUGCAGGGAAGAAUGGCUAUACUCCGUUACAUAUUGCUGCCAAGAAGAAUCAAAUGCAGAUAGCUUCCACACUCCUAAACUAUGGAGCAGAGACAAACAUUGUGACAAAGCAGGGAGUAACGCCACUCCAUUUGGCCUCACAGGAGGGGCACACAGAUAUGGUUACCUUGCUUCUGGAUAAGGGAGCCAAUAUCCACAUGUCAACCAAGAGUGGACUCACAUCCUUACACCUUGCAGCCCAGGAAGAUAAAGUGAAUGUUGCUGAUAUUCUUACCAAGCAUGGAGCUGAUCAGGACGCUCAUACAAAGCUUGGUUACACACCUUUAAUCGUGGCCUGUCACUACGGAAAUGUGAAAAUGGUCAACUUUCUUCUGAAGCAGGGAGCAAAUGUUAAUGCAAAAACCAAGAACGGCUACACGCCUUUGCACCAGGCCGCGCAGCAGGGCCACACGCACAUCAUCAACGUCCUGCUCCAGCAUGGGGCCAAGCCCAACGCCACCACCGCGAAUGGCAACACUGCCUUGGCGAUUGCUAAGCGUCUGGGCUACAUCUCCGUGGUCGACACCCUGAAGGUUGUGACUGAGGAGGUCACCACCACCACCACAACGAUUACAGAAAAACACAAACUAAAUGUUCCUGAGACGAUGACUGAGGUUCUCGAUGUUUCUGAUGAAGAGGCUCUUAAACAGUUUGGUGACCACUUUAUUGAUGGGGAGGCACUUAGUGAUUCAGGUGAUGACACAAUGACAGGAGAUGGGGGAGAAUACCUUAGGCCUGAGGACCUAAAAGAACUGGGUGAUGACUCACUACCCAGCAGUCAGUUCCUGGAUGGUAUGAAUUACCUGCGAUACAGCUUGGAGGGAGGACGAUCUGACAGCCUUCGAUCCUUCAGUUCCGACAGGUCUCACACUCUGAGCCAUGCCUCCUACCUGAGGGACAGUGCUGUGAUGGACGACUCCGUUGUGAUUCCCAGUCACCAGGUGUCAGCUCUAGCCAAGGAGGCAGAAAGGAAUUCUUAUCGCCUAAGCUGGGGCACUGAGAACUUAGACAACGUGGCUCUUUCUUCUAGUCCUAUUCAUUCAGGCCGCGCCUCUCCAUGUCUUGAUCGUGACAACAGCAGUUUCCUGGUUAGUUUUAUGGUGGAUGCCCGAGGUGGUGCUAUGCGAGGAUGCAGACACAAUGGGCUCCGAAUCAUUAUUCCACCUCGGAAAUGCACUGCUCCAACACGAGUCACCUGCCGGCUGGUCAAACGCCAUAGACUGGCAACAAUGCCUCCAAUGGUGGAAGGGGAAGGCCUGGCCAGUCGCCUGAUCGAAGUUGGACCUUCUGGUGCUCAGUUCCUUGGUAAACUUCACCUGCCAACGGCUCCUCCCCCACUUAAUGAGGGAGAAAGUUUGGUCAGCCGCAUUCUUCAGCUGGGGCCUCCUGGAACCAAAUUCCUUGGGCCUGUGAUCGUGGAGAUCCCUCACUUUGCGGCCCUUCGAGGAAAGGAAAGGGAACUGGUGGUCCUGCGCAGUGAGAAUGGGGACAGCUGGAAAGAACAUUUCUGUGACUACACUGAAGAUGAAUUAAAUGAAAUUCUUAAUGGCAUGGAUGAAGUACUAGAUAGCCCAGAAGACCUAGAAAAGAAACGAAUCUGCCGCAUCAUCACCCGAGACUUCCCACAGUACUUUGCAGUGGUGUCUCGUAUCAAACAGGACAGCAACCUGAUUGGCCCAGAGGGAGGUGUGCUGAGCAGCACAGUGGUGCCCCAGGUGCAGGCCGUCUUCCCAGAGGGAGCACUCACCAAGCGGAUCCGCGUAGGCCUGCAGGCUCAACCUAUGCACAGUGAGCUGGUUAAGAAGAUCCUAGGCAACAAAGCUACCUUCAGCCCCAUAGUCACUUUGGAACCUAGAAGAAGAAAAUUCCACAAACCAAUUACCAUGACCAUUCCUGUCCCCAAAGCUUCAAGUGAUGUCAUGUUGAAUGGAUUUGGGGGAGAUGCACCAACCUUAAGAUUACUAUGUAGCAUAACAGGUGGAACCACCCCUGCUCAAUGGGAGGAUAUUACAGGAACUACGCCAUUAACAUUUGUCAAUGAAUGUGUUUCCUUUACAACGAACGUGUCUGCCAGGUUCUGGCUGAUAGACUGUCGGCAGAUCCAGGAAUCUGUUACUUUUGCAUCACAAGUAUAUAGAGAAAUUAUCUGCGUACCUUAUAUGGCCAAGUUUGUAGUGUUUGCCAAGUCACAUGACCCCAUCGAAGCCAGGUUGAGAUGUUUCUGCAUGACUGAUGAUAAAGUGGAUAAGACCCUUGAACAACAAGAAAAUUUUGCUGAGGUGGCCAGGAGCAGGGAUGUGGAGGUAUUAGAAGGAAAACCCAUCUAUGUUGAUUGUUUUGGCAACCUGGUACCAUUAACUAAAAGUGGCCAGCAUCAUAUAUUCAGUUUUUUUGCCUUCAAAGAAAAUAGACUUCCUUUAUUUGUCAAGGUACGCGAUACAACUCAGGAACCUUGCGGACGACUAUCAUUUAUGAAGGAGCCAAAAUCCACAAGAGGCCUGGUGCAUCAAGCUAUUUGCAACUUAAAUAUCACCUUGCCGAUUUAUACAAAGGAAUCAGAGUCAGAUCAAGAACAGGAGGAAGAGAUCGAUAUGACAUCAGAAAAAAAUGAUGAGACAGAAUCUACAGAAACAUCUGUCCUGAAAAGUCACCUGGUUAAUGAAGUUCCUGUCCUAGCAAGUCCGGACUUGCUCUCUGAAGUUUCUGAGAUGAAACAAGAUUUGAUCAAAAUGACCGCCAUCUUGACCACAGAUGUGUCUGAUAAGGCAGGUUCUAUUAAAGUGAAGGAGCUGGUGAAGGCUGCUGAGGAAGAGCCAGGAGAGCCUUUUGAAAUCGUUGAAAGAGUUAAAGAGGACUUAGAGAAAGUGAAUGAAAUCCUGAGAAGUGGAACGUGCACCAGAGAUGAAGGCAGUGUGCAGCGCUCUCGGUCUGAGCGAGGAUUAGUGGAAGAGGAAUGGGUUAUUGUCAGUGAUGAGGAAAUAGAAGAGGCUAAGCAAAAAGCACCUUUAGAAAUCACUGAAUAUCCAUGUGUAGAAGUUAGAGUAGAUAAAGAGAUCAAAGGAAAAGUAGAGAAAGACUCAAGUGGGCUAGUGAACUACCUUACUGACGAUCUGAAUUCCUAUGUGCCUCUUCCCAAAGAGCAGCCACAGACAGUUCAAGAUAAGGCAGGGAAGAAAAGUGAGGCUCUGUCUGUUGGCAGGAGCUCUGAAAAGGAAGGGAAAGACAAACCCCCAGAUGAGACACAGAGUACACAGAAACACAAACCAAGCUUGGGAAUAAAGAAGCCAGUGAGAAGGAAAUUAAAAGAAAAGCAGAAACAAAAAGAGGAAGGUUUACAAGCUAGUGCAGAGAAAGCUGAACUUAAAAAAGGUAGUUCAGAAGAGUCAUUAGAUGAAGACCCAGGUUUAGCCCCUGAACCUCUUCCCACUGCCAAGGCCACAUCUCCUUUGAUAGAAGAAACUCCCAUUGGUUCCAUAAAGGAUAAAGUAAAGGCCCUUCAGAAGCGAGUGGAAGAUGAACAGAAAGGUCGAAGCAAGUUGCCCAUCAGAGUCAAAGGCAAGGAGGACGUGCCAAAAAAAACCACCCAUAGGACACAUCCAGCUGCGUCACCCUCUCUAAAGUCAGAGAGACAUGCACCAGGGUCUCCGUCCUCUAAAACAGAAAGACACUCUGCUCUUUCCUCUUCUGCAAAAACUGAAAGGCACCCUCCAGUAUCACCAUCAAGUAAAACUGAGAAACACUCACCUGUGUCACCCUCUGCAAAAAUGGAAAGACAUUCACCUGUGUCAUCGUCGAGUAAAGCUGAGAAACACUCACCUGUAUCACCCUCGACAAAAACUGAAAGGCACUCCCCUGUAUCAUCUACAAAAACAGAAAGACACCCACCUAUUUCACCUUCAGGCAAAGCAGACAAACGUCCACCUGUAUCACCCUCUGGAAGAACAGAGAAACACCCACCAGUAUCCCCUGGGAGAACAGAAAAACGCUUGCCUGUUUCACCCUCUGGAAGAAUAGACAAGCACCCACCUGUAUCAACCACUGGGAAAACCGAGAAGCACCUGCCUGUGUCACCUUCUGGCAAAACAGAAAAGCAACCACCUGUAUCCCCCACUUCAAAAACAGAGAGGAUCGAGGAAACCAUGUCUGUUCGGGAGUUGAUGAAGGCUUUUCAGUCAGGUCAGGACCCUUCUAAACAUAAAACUGGACUCUUUGAGCACAAAUCAGCAAAACAAAAGCAGCCACAAGAGAAAGGUAAAGUUCGGGUAGAAAAAGAAAAGGGGCCAAUAUUAACCCAGAGAGAAACACAGAAAACAGAGAAUCAGACCAUCAAACGAGGUCAGAGACUCCCGGUAACGGGCGUAACAGAAUCCAAAAGAGGAUUUCGUGCUUCCUCCAUAGGGAUUAAGAAAGAAGAUGCAGUCACAGAAAAGGAGAAAAGUCUCAGCCACAAAAUACCUGAACCUGUUCAGUCAGCACCUGAAGAAGAAAGCCACAGAGAGAGCAAAGUCCCCAAAGAAAAGAUGGCCGAUGAGCAGGGAGAUAUGGAUCUCCAGAUCAGCCCAGAUAGGAAAACCUCCACUGACUUCUCUGCAGUCAUUAAGCAAGAGUUGGAAGACAAUGACAAAUACCAACAAUUCCGACUGAGUGAGGAGACGGAAAAGGCACAGCUUCACUUAGACCAAGUACUCACAAGUCCUUUCAACACGACAUUUCCCCUCGACUACAUGAAAGAUGAGUUCCUUCCAGCUCUGUCUUUACAGAGCGGUGCUUUAGAUGGCAGUUCUGAAAGCCUAAAGAACGAGGGGGUAGCAGGCUCUCCGUGUGGCAGCCUGAUGGAGGGGACCCCUCAGAUUAGUUCAGAAGAAAGCUAUAAGCAUGAGGGCCUAGCAGAGACCCCCGAGACGAGCCCAGAAAGCCUUUCUUUCUCACCAAAGAAAAGUGAGGAGCAAAUUGGGGAAACGAAGGAAACCACCAAAGUAGAAACCACCACAGAAAUUCAUACAGAAAAAGAGCAUUCUGCCACCAAAGACAUUACUGGUGAGAAAAGUGAGGAGCAAAUUGGGGAAACGAAGGAAACCACCAAAGUAGAAACCACCACAGAAAUUUAUACAGAAAAAGAGCAUUCCGCCACCAAAGACAUUACUGGUGGCUCUGAAGAGCAAGGUGCCACAGUCACUGAGGGCUCAGAGACUUCUACUGAGGGUUUUCAGAAAGAGGCCACUCUAGAGUCUCCCAAAGACACAGGUCCCAAAAGAGAAGAUGAUUGCACAGGCAGCUGUAGCGUAGCAUUAGUAAAAGAGACACCCACGGGACUGACUGAGGAGGCAGCCUGUGAUGAGAGUCAAUGUACCUUUGGUAGUUCAGCCUACAAGACACAAACUGAUAGUGAGGCUCAGGAAUCCACAGCCACGUUGGAGGAGACAAAGGCCUCGCUGCUGCCUGAGGCUUCUGUAAAGACAGAUACAGGAACUGAAUCAAAGCCUCAGGGAGUCAUUAGAAGUCCCCAAGGGUUAGAACUUGCACUCCCUAGCCGAGAUAGUGAAGUCCUCAGCGCUGUGGCUGAUGACUCAUUAGCUGUGAGCCACAAAGACUCUCUGGAAGCCAGCCCUGUGCUAGAAGAUAACUCCUCACACAAAACCCCUGAUUCUCUGGAACCAAGUCCUCUGAAAGAAUCCCCUUGCCGUGACUCUCUGGAAAGCAGCCCCGUUGAACCAAAGAUGAAGGCUGGAAUUUUUCCAGGUCACUUUCCUCUUGCUGCAGCUGUUGCCAAAACAGAACUCUUGAUGGAAGUGGCCUCUGUGCGGUCCCGGCUACUCCGAGACCCUGACGGCAGUGCUGAGGAUGACAGUCUUGAGCAGACAUCCCUCAUGGAGAGCUCAGGGAAGAGCCCCCUUUCUCCCGACACCCCCAGCUCUGAGGAAGUCAGCUAUGAGGUUACACCCAAAACCACAGAUAUAAGUACACCAAAACCAGCUGUGAUUCAUGAAUGUGCAGAGGAGGAUGAUUCAGAAAAUGGGGAGAAAAAGAGGUUCACACCUGAAGAGGAGAUGUUUAAAAUGGUAACCAAAAUCAAAACGUUUGAUGAACUUGAACAGGAAGCAAAGCAGAAAAGGGACUACAAAAAAGAACCCAAACAAGAAGAAUCUUCUUCAUCCUCUGACCCAGAUGCUGACUGUUCAGCAGAUGUGGAUGAACCAGAACAUAUAGGCAGUGAGGAGGAUGAAAGUUGUGUCCCUGUAUCAGUAACUUCAGAGAGCAGGAAGGUGUCUUCCUCCUCAGAAAGUGAACCUGAGUUGACACAGCUAAAAAAAGGUGCUGACUCGGGUCUCUUACCAGAACCAGUGAUUCGAGUUCAACCUCCUUCUCCACUUCCAUCCAGCAUGGACUCCAAUUCUAGUCCAGAAGAAGUACAGUUCCAGCCUAUCGUUUCCAAACAAUAUACUUUCAAGAUGAGUGAAGACAUUCAGGAAGAGCCAGGCAAAUCAGAAGAAGAAAGAGAUUCUGAAUCCCAUUUAGCUGAAGACAGUCAUGCAGUUUCCACCGAGGGUGCAGACAGGUCUUAUGAUAAGCUAAACAGAGACACUGAUCAGCCAAAAACCUGUGAUGGCCAUGGAUGUGAGGCCAUGAGUCCUAGCAGCUCAGCUGCUCCUGUCUCUUCAGGUCUGCAGAGUCCAGCUGGUGAUGAUGUUGAUGAACAGCCAGUCAUCUGUAAAGAAUCAUUAGCUCUCCAAGGCACUCAUGAAAAAGACACAGAAGGAAAAGAACAUGAUGUUUCUACAGCAGAAUCUCCACGAGUAGAUUGCCCCAGUGAAAGCUUUUCAUCUUCAUCCUCUUUCCCUCAUUGUUUGGUAUCCGAAGGAAAAGAACUGGAUGAAGACAUAUCUGCCACAUCUUCUACUCAAAAAACAGAGGUCACAAAAACUGGUGAAACAUUUGAGAGCUUAACAAAGGACUGCCCCACUCAAGACUCAUCCAUUACUACUCAAACAGAUAGAUUUUCCAUGGAUGUUCCCACGUCCGACCUAGCCGAGACUGAUGAAAUCUAUGAUCCCCGAAUUACUAGCCCUUAUGAAAAUGUCCCUUCCCAAUCUUUUUUCUCUAGUGAAGAAAGCAAAACCCAAACAGAUGCAGAUCACCCCACAAAUUUUCACUCUUCUGAAGUGUAUUCUGUUACCAUCACAUCCUCUGCUGAAGACAUUGUAGUGGCAAGCUCCUCUGGUGGAACUGUUUUAAGCAAAGAAUCUAAUUUUGAGAGCCAGGGCCUAAAAACGGAAUCCCAACAAGAAAGUACCUUGUGGGAAAUCCAAUCAGACAGUGCCUCGUCAUCUCUCAAACCUUCUCUGUCAGCUACAACAGAAGUUGUUGGUGAACAAAUUAGCAAAGUCAUCAUCACAAAAACUGAUGUGGAUUCUGAUUCCUGGAGUGAAAUUCGGGAAGACGACGAAGCCUUUGAGGCUCGUGUGAAAGAGGAAGAACAAAAGAUAUUUGGCUUGAUGGUAGACAGACAAUCACAGGGUACCACCCCUGACACCACUCCUGCUAGGACCCCAACUGAAGAGGGGACUCCAACAAGUGAGCAAAACCCAUUUCUGUUUCAGGAAGGAAAAUUGUUUGAAAUGACCCGAAGUGGUGCCAUCGAUAUGACCAAAAGGUCCUAUGCAGAUGAAAGUUUUCACUUUUUCCAAAUUGGUCAAGAAUCCAGAGAAGAGACAGCCUCUGAAGAUGUGAAGGAAGAGGCUGCUGGGGCUGAGCCGUUACAGCUGGAGACAUCAGUUGAGUCACUAGUGCUUUCAGAAUCAAAAGAAACAGUGGAUGAUGAAGCAGACUUACUUCCAGAUGACCUGAGUGAGGAAGUAGAGGAAAUACCUGCUUCAGAUGCUCAACUUAACUCCCAAAUGGGGAUUUCAGCCUCCACUGAAACAUUGACAAAAGAAACUGUUAGUGUAGUUUCUUUUGUCAAGGACCGCUCCACCAUGCAAAUGGGUGAUACACCUCCUCUUUCUGAUGUAAAGCAGAUAUCCUGCCCUGACUCUUCUGAACCAGUGGUACAAGCCCAGUUAGAUUUUUCCACAAUCACCAGGUCUGUUUAUUCAGAUAAGGGUGAUGCCUCUCCUGAUUCUUCCCCAGAAGAACAGAAAUCAGUGAUUGAAAUUCCUACUGCACCAAUGGAGAAUGUGCCUUCUACUGAAAGCAAAUCCAAAAUUCCUGUAAGGACUAUGCCCACUUCCACCCCAGCACUUCCAUCUGCAGAGUAUGAGAAUUCACUCUCUGAAGAUUUUCUAUCCAGCAUAGAUGAGGAAAAUAAGGAGGACGAAGCAAAACCGAAGUCCAAACUCCCUGUCAAGGUACCCCUCCAAAGAGUCGAACAGCAGCUCUCAGAUCUAGAUACCUCUGUCCAGAAGACAGUGGAUCCUCAGGGACAGGACAUGACGAGCAUCACACCAGAUGAUAGGAGCAAAUCUGAAUCCGAUGCCAGUUCUUUGGACUCAAAGAUCAUAUACCCAGAAAAAACCAGAAGUUACACUGAGACAGAAACAGAGAACAGAGAGAGGGCAGAGGAACUUGAGUUAGAAUCAGAAGAAGGGGCCACACGACCAAAGAUACUUGCAUCCCGAUUGCCAGUUAAGAGCAGAAGCACCACAUCUUCCUACAGGGGGGGCAUGAGCCCCACAAAAGAAAGUAAGGAGCAUUUCUUUGACCUUUACAGAAAUUCCAUAGAAUUCUUUGAGGAAAUUAGUGAUGAGGCUUCCAAGUUAGUGGAUAGGCUGACACAGUCAGAGAGGGAGCAGGAACUAGUUUCAGACGAUGAAAGUAGUAGUGCCCUGGAAGUUUCAGUAAUUGAAAAUCUGCCACCUGUUGAGACCGAGCACUCAGUUCCUGAGGACAUCUUUGACACAAGGCCCAUUUGGGAUGAGUCUAUUGAGACUCUGAUUGAACGCAUCCCUGAUGAAAAUGGCCAUGAUCAUGCUGAAGAUCCACAGGAUGAGCAGGAACGGAUCGAGGAAAGGCUGGCUUAUAUUGCUGAUCACCUUGGCUUCAGCUGGACAGAAUUAGCAAGAGAACUGGAUUUCACUGAGGAGCAAAUUCAUCAAAUUCGAAUUGAAAAUCCCAACUCUCUUCAAGACCAGAGUCAUGCACUGCUGAAGUACUGGUUAGAGAGGGAUGGGAAACAUGCUACAGAUACCAACCUCAUUGAAUGUCUCACCAAGAUCAACCGAAUGGAUAUUGUUCAUCUCAUGGAGACCAACACAGAACCUCUUCAGGAGCGCAUCAGUCAUAGUUAUGCAGAAAUUGAACAGACCAUUACACUGGAUCAUAGUGAAGGGUUCUCGGUACUUCAGGAGGAGUUAUGCACUGCACAGCACAAGCAGAAAGAGGAGCAAGCUGUUUCUAAAGAAAGCGAGACCUGUCACCCUCCUAUUGUCUCAGAGGAAGACAUUUCUGUUGGUUAUUCCACAUUUCAGGAUGGCAUCCCCAAAACUGAAGGGGACAGCCCAGCCACAGCACUCUUUCCCCAAACUCACAAGGAGCAAGUUCAACAGGAUUUCUCAGGGAAAAUGCAAGACCUGCCUGAAGAGUCAUCUCUGGAAUAUCAGCAGGAAUAUUUUGUGACAAGUCCAGGAACAGAAGCGUCAGAGACUCAGAAACCUACGGCAGUACCCGACUCUCCCAGCAAGACACCUGAGGAAGUUAGCACCCCUCCUGAGGAGGAGAGGCUGUAUCUUCAGACCCCAACAUCCAGUGAGCGGGGAGGCUCUCCCAUCAUACAAGAACCUGACGAGCCCUCAGAGCACAGAGAGGAGAGUUCUCCACGGAAAACCAGCCUCGUAAUAGUGGAGUCUGCCGAUAACCAGCUAGAGACCUGUGAAAGAGUUGACGAAGAUGCAGCUUUUGAAAAGGAGCUAACAGAGGAAUUAGGGGAGCUGGAGUCCAGCUCAGAUGAGGAGGCGAUGGUAACUACCAGGGUUGUCCGCCGGCGAGUGAUUAUUCAGGGAGACGAUAUGCCUGAAAUACCCCCAGAAACAGUCACAGAAGAAGAAUACAUUGAUGAACACGGACACACCGUGGUAAAGAAGGUUACUAGGAAAAUCAUUAGGCGGUAUGUAUCCUCUGAAGGCACAGAGAAGGAAGAGAUUAUGGUGCAGGGAAUGCCACAGGAACCUGUCAACAUCGAGGAAGGGGAUGGCUAUUCCAAAGUUAUAAAGCGUGUUGUAUUGAAGAGUGACACCAAGCAGUCAGAGGUCACUUUGUGUGAGCCCAACGUUUUGUCCAGUACCUCACAAUUUCAGUCUGAGCCAGUGGAAGGCCGUAGAGUCAGCAAAGUUGUUAAAACAACUGUGGUACGUGGAGAGAGGAUGGAGAAACAUCUGGGGGAUUCUAGUUUAGCCACUGAUCUUCCUUCAGCCAAAGAUGACUUUGAAGAGGCUUUGAGUUACACUGGUAGCCACAUGAAAAUCCACUUACCCAGUUUAGUAGAGAAUGAGAUCCUGAAAGAGGAUGGAUCAAUAAUUAAAAGGACAACAAUGAGUAAAGCCAGUACACAGAAGAGGGCUGUGGUGAAGGACCAGCAUGGAAAACGCAUUGACUUGGAGCACCUGGAGGAUGUACCAGAAGCACUAGACCAGGACGACCUCCAGCGCGAUCUCCAGCAGCUCCUUCGGCAUUUCUGCAAGGAGGACUUGAAGCAAGAGGCCAAAUGAGGGGCUGCCCAGUUCUCACACCAGAAACCACACAUUCACUCAAUAUGCAGCUUCCUGUUUCAGUAGAGGAGUGACCUAACUGGCCUAAUUAAUGGGAUACCCCGACAUUUCCAAUGUUAGCAAAUAUAUGGCAUUUUGUUUUAGUUUUCCCCCAUCCUCUUUAACUAUAAAGCUAAUUUGUGACCAAAGAUGGCAUCCUUCAUAUUGGAUGCUGUAUCCACUACUUUGUUGUGUCUGUGCUAACCUGGGAACUGGCCACCUCCAUUGUUCUUUGCUUCUGCACAAGAUCCAUGAAAAUCCAUUGAUCAGAAGAACUUCACCUGCAGACCUCUUCAAGUGACAUUAUAUAGGAAUCCUUCCAAGGGAUAUCUAUGUAAAAUGUAUAUAGCUGAAAUGCUCAGAUGAACAAUACAUUAAAAUUAAAACCACUGCCUAUUAUAACUACACUGGGCAUCGGAAUAAAAGGCCUCUAGAAAUUGCUGAACAAUGGUUAAUUAAGAUAUUGCUAACACAAUCGAGUGAUAAUACAGUUUUACUGCAAAAGAAGCACUUCAGACCUAAUCAUGUCCUUAGAACUUCCAGAGUAGCCACUGCUCCCAGCUAAAGGUGGGUUAAUAGCCUUGAAGAACUGUCCUGAGAAGUUACUGCUGGUGCUGGCUAGCCAUGACUUAGGACUCUCCAACAGCUACUCCGAGGCAGGGGAGAAGGGAGCAGAGGGCACACAGAGUGAAACCAUGGGGAAUUCAGUUGCUAGCAGCCACAUUGUGUGGCAUUCUAGCAUCUUCAGGUCUUUAGAUUUUGGAAAAGUUGGCAGGGUAUUUUAAAAGCUAUAACUACUGUAGUUUUCCAGUUUUCAUUGCUGCUUUAGCAAACCACGCUGUCUUACUGGUGGUACUUACUUCUGGCCACUGCACUGUAGAUAAUUCAUUGGAAACAAGAUUUACCCACUACAUAAAAGGUUAAACUCCUUCAGUAUGUUGGAGUGGAGUCUUUUUCUUUUUCUUUUUUUCAGGUUGAUAUCUUCUCUAAUACCUGCAUGUGACAUUUAAAAAUCAAAACCAUGGUCUAACCCCUCUUCUAAUCACAUUAAUGGUUUCCAUUCUUUUUACCCUGAGUGAGCACUUUUCACUUUCCAGCUAGGUCUGUUUUUCAGCUUGCAGAAGAGAUUGAGAAAUCCUUGAAAAAUUGGUUCUGGUUAAAAUUUUUGGUUUAUUUAUUUGAAAUCCACACUCCCUUGGAAACUCUUAAGUGCAUUUGUGCACUUCUGUUUGUUUGUCUCAAAGAAGGGACUAUAACAGUCUGAGUGAUUUCCGUGUCCUCUUCCUUAUUCCUCUAGUGGUUGAAGCUGUGUAGCAUUUUAACAUAUAUAUAUUCACAAAUAUAUUCAUAUAAACAGUAUACAUUUUGAAUCAGUCAUUUGUUAAAGAAAAGUAUAUUCAAUGAAGAUUAAAUUUAAAUAAAAAAGGACAGAGUCUAUCCUCCAGGGUUGAACAUUUUCCAAUUAUCUGGUCUUUUCCUGUUGUGCAAAAAUGACUCAUUGCUCUGAAUGUCAAAAACAAAUGCGACAAACAAUGGCACUUCAUCAUUUAAAGUAAUGUUGCCAAGAGAAAAAAAUUUCCUGGGAGGAAGGUUUCCCACAAGCCAAAUCUCCUAAGCCUCAAAUGCUAGCACUUUCUGGCAGUCGGAUAGGAAAUCAAACAUUCUUUGGCAGCCAAAAUGAGAGAGGCCGAUGGUGAAAUUUUUUGAGACACCCUAUGGCCUUCUUGUCAAAACCUUCACUGGAGCUCAAGAAACGCAUUUCUGUUGUGUUAUUUGCAGUGCAGAUGAUGUCUGUGUAACAACAUAAUGGUUAUUCACCUUUUUUGAUUUUGAUUUUUGCUGUGUUAUCAAAAACUUGAAUACUGUGAGAAGAAGUGAAUUUUCAGUUGACGAAUCAGCAUCUUGUUCCCAUGGUGAUAACACUAAUUGAAUAUAUCUAUGAGGGCAUGUAUUAGUUAAUGGGAAAAAAAUACAACACUAACAAUACAUAGCUGCAAUGUGUACAAUGGCUGAUUUAAUUAAAUAAAAUGUACAAGUGUUAAA